AUGGCGGCCUAUUCCCCCCCCCCCGGACAGCCCCCCAGCUGUACAACACAGCAAACACGGAGGCUCCAGGAGCCCGACGAGACGGCGGUAGCGGGUCCGGGAUCGAACGCCAGCGCCAGAGCCGGCACCUCCAGCAGCAGCAGCGGUGGCGGCGGGGGCGGCGACGGCGGGGAGCCCUUUGCCACCGUCCAAACGGAGGCUGUGACGGCAUUGCCGCCGCCGCCGUCGCUGCACGCGGUGGAGCGCGACGGCGGCGGCGGCGGCGGCGGCAUCGUCGCUGCCGUUGUGAAUGGCAGCGGCCCCGCGGGCGUCGCUUACGCCACAGCGGCGGCGCCGCCACUACAACCACUAUCGCCGCCGUUAAUGGAGAAGCAGAAGAAGCCGCCGCUGUCGCCGCCGCCGCGGAAGCAGCACCAGCCGCCAGCCUUCCCAGCUGCACCGUCGCCCCCGGCCCCGAGCUGGUCAUCCCGCCAGCGUCUGGUGAUGACGCUGAUCAUGCCGCUGCUGGCGCUGUACUGUACGGCAGCGUUUGUGGUGGCGUGGCUAUCCACCUUCUUUGUCGUGCCGUCGUACAUCCUGGCGCAGAGGCUCUACUGGGCGUGUCCUUUCAUCCCGUACAUCUGGCGACGGUUGGGUCCGGUGGCGGGUACGACAGCCCGCUUCGGCUUCGAGGCCUCGCAUUGCAUCAACAUACUUACGCGGCUGCUGACGUUGCCGCUUCGGCCGUACUUGCCUUCCUUCUACAUAUUAGGGUUCCCGAAAUGUGGUACCACCAGCUUGGCGGAGUACCUGAAGACCCACCCUGGACUCAGCGCCACUGCCGGACUGCCGUACCACGAGGCACUGGCGAAGGAAAGUCACUUCUUCCAAGAGCGCAUCCGGCGGCUGACGCCGAAGGCCAAGAUAAUCGUGAUGUUUGCUGUACCUAAUUCGAUCGAUCGAUACCUGAAUUUCCGGGUGCAGCUCCGAGACCCGGUACCUGGAGUCUUCAGUGCUGAGAUUAUGAUGCGCGACAUGGGUGUGCCCCUGGAGUGGACGCUGUCGGAUCCCGUGGAACCUAACGACCCCCGCUUCGCAAAGGUGUGGUAG